UGUAUGUUUGCGAUAUGAAUAGACACGUCAACAGAGCGUGGUCAGGCAAAGCCGAGUCUUCUACUCGAUGCGUACAGUCAGUCAGCCUGCAGCUGGGUCACCUGGCGAUACGAUGAUUUGGUGCUCGAGGGUUUUGCCGACAUAAGACCCUGAAGUGCUGCGAUUCGACUUUUACGACGGUGAAACGAUCACGCAAUUCUUGAUCAUCUUUGCACCACACGAUUUUGUAUGCUACGGCACAUUUAACAUCCUUGUAACGUCCAUUUUGAUGACGAUACUCGAGGCAUUGCAGCAUCCUCCUUCUAUUUCCGUCUUAGCAGGAUUUCCGCGACCUGAUAUAUGAAGAUGGAGUGGUCGGCCUCUGAGCAUCGUCUUUGGGUUCCUGCAUGUUUGAUUCCGAGCUUGCGGAGGUAUAGGACAAUACAGUUCUUACCGUCAUUUCGAGAUCACAUAAAGAACCCACAAUCAAAUACCCGCUUGGUCGUGACUCGACAUGGCUGCUCUGGAGAAAGACGUUACUGACGACAAACAACUUCAGCCCAGUUCCGGCGAUGAAGAAGCACCCGCGCAUAUUAACGAAAAAGCGCUUGUCAGAAGAUUAGACCGUACUCUUCUCCCGGCCUUGACGUUUCUUUACUUGCUGUCCUUCCUGGACCGAAGCAAUGUCGGCAACGCUCGUGUUGAAGGUCUGGCCACCGACCUCCACAUGACCGGCGACCAAUAUCUUACUGGCUUGACGCUAUACUUCAUUGGCUAUGUGCUCUUCGAAGUGCCAGCAAAUAUGGUGUUGAAAGUUUGGACUCCCCGGGCCUGGCUGCCAACCUUGACACUUGUCUGGGGCAUUGUCAGUACUUUGAUGGGCCUGACUCAAUCUCGGACUGGCUUCUUCAUUGUCCGCUUCUUCCUCGGAGUGGCCGAAGCUGGACUGUUCCCUGGAAUUGUGUUCUACCUGUCCAUGUGGUACAAACGCAACGAGCGACAGUUCCGAGUCGCGCUGUUCUUCAGUGCAGCUUCCUUGGCUGGUGCUUUUGGCGGUAUCCUGGCUUGGGGCAUUGCCCAUAUGAAAGGUGUUGGUGGUUAUAACGGCUGGAGAUGGAUCUUCAUUCUGGAAGGCUUACUUACCGUCGUGGUGUCCGCUCUGUCUUACCUUUUCAUCCACAACUAUCCGAACACGGCUAAAUUUCUGUCGGAUGACGAGCGACUUUUCGUCCAAAACCGGCUGAAGGAAGACAGCGACGCAACAGCGGACGAGAAGUUCAACAUGAACAAUGUGAAGAAGGCUUUCACCGACAUCAAGGUUUACCUUUACGCCCUCGCAUAUCAUACCAUGUCUUUGCCUUUGUAUACCCUCUCGCUGUUCCUUCCCACGAUCAUCAGUUCGCUGGGCUACACUGCCGCGCAAGCACAGCUGAUGACCAUCCCGCCGUACGCCAUCGCGUUCGUCUUGACGAUCGGUGUGGCUAUCCUAUCGGAACGAUACCAACGUCGAGCCCCAUUCAUCCUAGUCACCUCGUCUUUCGCAAUUCUAGGCUAUCUCUUGCUUCUGUCCGAUCAUCGACCAGGCGUGUCAUACCUCGGAACUAUUUUCGCUGCGGCGGGGAUCUACCCAUCGGUGGCACUCGUCCUGUCCUGGCCGGCCAACAAUGUCAGUGGACAGACAAAACGCGCGAUUGCAAACGCCAUUCAGAUCAGCAUUGGCAAUUGUGGAGCAGUCAUUGGCACCCAGCUGUACCGUACAGAGACGUCGCCGAGAUUCUACCUUGGUCAUUCAUUCGCCCUGGGAUACUUGGUCGCAAACCUGAUAGUGACGACCACUUUGUGGUGGGUUCUCAAGCGGGAGAACGAUCGUAGAGAAGCUAUUCCCAAAAGCGAACAAGGUGAAGGUCCUUGGCUUGGAGAUGAAGAUUUGAGAUGGAGGUUCCAUUUGUGAGCGCAAGGUUGCAAUAUGUGCACUUGUUGUUGUAGCACGGAUACUUGAUGCACUCCCGUAGGACACUCGUCAUCUCAAUUGCCAAAACCCAAAUAGCUG